CGGUGCUGUGCGCAGGCGCGCGUGCCGCCGCAACCCACAACAAAGGGGAAAAAAGAGGUUGCGACCACCUUCCUCGUCCCCCUGCCGGGAGUGGGCGGCCAGCGGGACUCCACCUCCCAAGGCGCACAGCGCGGCGCGUUGCAUCCUGGUAGCUGUAGUUUUUUUCUGGCCACGUUCCCUCACGCCGCGCAGUUGGCGGGCGGAGGCUGGCGGUGGGUAGCAACGGCCGACGCCACGGAGCCGCAGGGGGGCUCCGCGCGCAUUCUGGGACUUGUGGUUCUUCCGGGAGCCCGCGGCGGGAGCGGAGCGCGGGACGGAGGAGCGGCUCGAACUACCGCUGCUCACCGGCUGCUGCCCCGGAGCUAGCGGCGGCGUCAUGCGGGCGCCCCGCGGGGAGCCCGCCCUGGAAGAGUCCCUGGAGCGGUACCAGAGGCGCCUGCGAGAACGUGCUAGUGAAAGCAUUCAUCAACUGAAAUAUGCCUUGGAGGACAAACAGUUUGCAAAGGAUGAUAGUGAAGCUGGAUCUGACCAGUCCUCUGAGGACAGGGGCAGUGAUGACAGUGGGAAUGCAGCCUGGCAGGAACUGCAGAACAGUCAUGCAGUUAAUCAACUUAAAUUUUUGUUGGAACAUCAAGAAAGAAUGGAAAGUGAAGUCUCUCUGUCAAGGAUGAAGAUGUCGUUCUGUAAAACUCCGGAAGUUGCAACUAGAGACUUACCAGCCCUUUCUGACCUCGUUCCUAUAAUCAAUGAUCAGUCACAGUACAUCAGCCAUUUAGAAGCAGAAGUCAAAUUUUGCAAGGAGGAAUUGUCUGGGAUGAAAGGUCGACUACAAGUAGUUGUACUUGAAAAUGAGGAACUCCAUCAGAAACUGAAAUUUUUAACUACAGAACAUAUGUGGAGAGAACAGACUCUUCUAGAUGCCUCGGCAGAUACUCAGAACUCCUGCCCUUUAGGUGGUAAUGACUGUAGCAUGCAUCGGCCUGUCACUUCAUCACCAGCACGUAACAAAGAUCAGGCUUCUGUUACAGCAGCUGUUGAAGAAAUAGAAAAAUGGCAUGUAGAACUGGAGAAACUAAAACUUCUUUAUCAAGAAAAAGUCAGUAUCCUCGAUGCUCAAAUAGAGUCUCUAAGAAAAGACCUUUCAGAAUCUCGGAAAACAUGCCAGGAUUUGGAAGGAAAGCUAAAACACCAAACGUCUCUUGUUUCAGCCGUGAAUUGUAGCCGGGUUGGUGGUCUGUGUCUGAAAUGUGCACAACAUGAGGCAGUUCUUGCACAGACUCAUUGUAAUGUUCACAAGCAGACCAUCGAGAUGGUAAAAAAAGAAAGAGAUGACUUGGCGGAUGCCCUUGUUUCACUAAGACAAAAUAUGAAAGAAAUGCAGAAAAGAGAAUCUAAUGCUUGUGAGCAAGUUAAACAAGCUGUGCAAAUGGCAGAAGAGGCCAGUUUAGAAAAAACAAAGGCACUAGUCCUGUGUGAGCAGUUGAAAAGUGAGAUAGAACGGCAGAAGAAUCGUCUUGAAAAGGAGUUAACUGCCCAGCUAAACAAGAGAACUCAUGAAAAAGAAGCACUACGGGAAGAAAUGAAGAAGGAAAGGGAGGACUUGGUAGUGAUGGUGACGGCAAUGUCUGAAAAUGUGGCCAUGCUGGAGGCUCAGGUAGAGAGAAUUACAAGGGAGAAGAAGUCUUUAGUUAACCAGUUAGAAGAAUCUCAACGUCAGCUUGAAUCUCAUGAAAUGGAAAUGAGUAAGGUGUGUGGAGAAAUGCGCUAUCAGUUGAAUCAAACCAAAAUGAAGAAGGAUGAGGCAGAAAAGGAGCUCAGAGAGUACAGAACAAAAACUAUAAGGGAGCUUGAAAUUAAGGACCAGAAAAUAGAAAAACUGGGAUUAGAGCUGAAUGGAAACAAACAGCGUUUGGAACAAGCCCAGCAGGACGUGACAGGAGCCAGAGAGGAGUGCCUGAAACUGACAGAACUGCUGAGUAAAUCUGAGCACCAACUGCACCUCACCAGUCAAGAAGUUCUGAAGUUUUUGGAGGAGGAAACUUCUGAUAUCUUCACACUAAUACUGGAGGGAUUGGAAAAAGAGAGCAUUCAGCACAGCAUUAGCAACGAAGCAAAGGCCCGAGCCCUUCAGGCCCAGCAAAGAGAGCAGGAGCUGACACAGAAGAUGCAGCAAAUGGAGGCCCAGCAUGAGAAAACUGUAAAUGAACUAGAUUCAUUACUGACCUCCCAGAAUGCAUUCAUAGCAAAAUUAAAGGAAGAAUGUUGUCUGUUGGCAAGGAAGUUGGAACAAAUGUCAGAAAAAUACAGAUCUGAAGUCAACCAGCUUAGUCAGGAAAAAGAGUAUCUUCAUGUCAGAUUGGAGAAGAUGCAGAAACGGAAUGAUGAAUUGGACCAACAAUGUGUCCAGCAUGGGAGAAUGCAUGAGAGGAUGAAGUCGAGGUUACAGCAGCUUGACAAGCACUGCCAGGCCACUGCCCAGCAGUUAGUGGAGUUGCUCAACAAACAGAAUCAGCUCUUCAAAGAGAAGCAGCUGCUUACAGAAGAGGUGCAGUUUCUGCGAACACAGGAGAAAAAAUGGGAUGCAGAUCUCAAACAGGACACAGAUGGAAUAAAGUAAAAACCUGGAUGGAUAAAGAGGAAUGAGCAGAAGUCUGCUCUGCCCCCGGCUGAAACUUGGGCUUGUCUUGUUCACCUAAGCCACCUCUGCAGAAAACAGGCACACUUCCUGGCUAAUUUCAACUGGUUUCUAUUUGUUUUUAACCACAGACUCAUAAAUAUUUUGAAGCGUUACCAGCCUAACAAACUUCCUAGGAAGAAAGCUGAAACUUUCCUGAAAAGGCUAUGCUUGUAAGCUAGUUUUAACAGCUAUUACGUAGUGUGGACUUAAUUAAUAAUUUGUACAAUUUUUUUAUAAAAUGUUUUUAUCUAUUUUUAUAAUUGAACAUAGAUGCCUUAUUUACAGACAAACACCAAUAAAGUUAAUUUGAUUUUUUUUUUU